AUGCAAAGUGUUGUCCUGGAAUCAGACCCAGUGGGGACAAUUGAGGGGGCCUUAUCAGAGGAUUCCUGUCAGGGGGGAAUCCAUGUGAAUGGCGAUGUUAGCGGCGACGUGUGUAGUCCUAGUGUUGGUGGUUGUGUUGAUGCCCCUGCGUGUGAAUCUCCCAACCAGGAGAUAACGCAUAACGACGAAGCAUCCAGGUGUAAGGAAGUAAACAUAAAGAGCGAGCCAGUCAUCGUGAUAGACAAAGUGGAACGAUGUUUGGUAGUUGAGUGGUACGAAAAUGACAUCAGAAGGGAGCAAAGAAUUUCCUAUAAAAAAUAUGGAAAUGAUAAGGCGAAAUUAAGAGCUAAGGAAUUGAUAGAAAAAUUAAAAGCAGGUAUAACGUUCGAGCAGUUAUACCCGGACAAAGGACCACCCAUCGUUCGGGUGUAUCAGGAUGUGGGUGUAUAUCGAGUGUCAUUGAUAAGGGAUAGAAUCGAGAGGGAAUGGAGAGUUGAGUGGACAGAUAAUGAUACUCCAAUGAAAGCCAGAUGGUCAUGCAAGAAAGUAGGUAAUGAUGAGGCACAAAAAAGGGCAGAGACAUUUGCGCAAAGUUUGAUUGAGGGAGUUUUUAAUCCUAUUUUGUUGCACAAAGCUACGGGUACGAGAUUCUCAAGGUCAGACAGAACUGUUGUAAAGAUUAAUGUAUACAUGAAAAAAAACGUGAAGAGGAAAAAUAAGUGUAAAGUAAUCAGGGGGGGGGAUAACUCUUCCUUAAUUUUAGGAAAGGGAAUUAAAAAUGAGUUAAGGAAAGGCAAAAUGAAACGUUCAGGUGAUACUGUUGAUGGUUCACUUAUGGAAGGAUCAAACAUGGUUCAUAGGAAUCAGGCCUACAGUGGAAGUACCUUGAGUAAUAUAUUUAUAAAAAGUGAGAGUAGCACGUUAGACGGAAGGACUGAUAGUAAUUAUGUGAGGAGCAUCGAAGGGGAGGAUGCUCAUGUUGCUUUGCCUGAGCAGAGUUACCUUUUGAGUGAGUAUCAUGUCGAGGAAAACCCUAAACAAGGGGGAGGAAUCAAUGAGAAGAAAAGGAAUUACAAGUCUAGGGGGAAUGGCUCGAAAGGGGAGAGAAUAAAAAAGACACCAAAGGAUGGUUCAAAACUGAAGAGAAAAAUGGCACGGCGGGUAAAAGACACGAUGAGAGGUGUAAUGGGUGACUCUGCGGAGGAGGGGGUGACAGAUCAAUACAGAGAUUCUCAGAUGGAUGGCACAAACAAUUUAAACCUACUAAGUUGCUAUGCAGAAAUGGGAAAUGUAGAUGUAGCUGCUUUCUCAUCUAACAGUAAUCAAGUAAAAAAUGAACCAGGUAUAUGUGAUCCGUUAUGCAUACCAUACAGUGACAAUGGGGGAGUUAUGUUGAACUGUAGAAAUGGGUCCGUGGAACCUGGAGCCAUGAUGAACAACUAUGUUGUCCCUUGUGAGCAGUACGAAGGUUACCGUAUGGGGAGUUUUAUGGCCAAAGGCGGUGACUACUCCUCUAGGUAUGUAUAUGCAACGAAGAGUAAUUCCUACGCAGUGUAUGUUAACGGAGGCAUGGAACAUGGGGCUUUGUGUUAUGGUGGUGAUGUGCACCGUGGUGAUAUGCCCCAUAGCAACGUACACAGUUUUCAUUACGGGGGGGAGGAUCCCUUUGGGAGGAGUCACACCAUUCGGAAUGAACACGUUCCGGGGGGAAGCCCUCUACCCGUCGGUCACUGCACGAACGGCGCUGUGUUGAGGGCAGAGGGAUAUAAUCCCUACAUGAUGAGUUACACUGGAGGAGGAAUGGCAUCCCACAUGGGAAUUAUGCGGAGGGCAGUAGACAUGGAGGCUGUGCAUAGGGACGAUCCAAAUCAUGGUGUACUUCGCGACACUGUGGGGGAUUCCCACGGGUAUAGUGUACUCCCUCAUAAAAUUAACCUAAAGAAUAAGAAGCCCGUGAGAGAUCGAAUAUGUCAUUUGAAAAAAAUAAAAUGCGAAGAGGAUGGAAAUGACGUGGAGGGGAAAGACCCACACAAUGGAGGUGAAAAGAACAAGGAGACCAAGUGCUUGUCCUUAGGAGGGAACGACAUUAACACUGUUAACGGUGAUGGAAACGGAGUAGAUGAUCCUCUCCCAGAUUCCUACAAUGCAGAAAGGAAAAAGAGAAAGCGAAGCACAAAUAAGAACUUUAGGGGGGGGGACUUCCUACUCGAUGAGGAGUUGAGUAAAUAUUUCUCUACACACAACAAUAUUCAGUUAAGGAAAAAUCAGAAGGCGCUGAGGAAUGAUCCAGAUGGAGUAGCUAGCCAUGUUGGGGAUGAAUCCAUGGGAGUGCGUAGGGGAAGACGUUAUAGUAGCAUCACCAGCGACAUACAUGGGGGUAGUGCGCACUUGAGAACCGUUAAUCAAGAAGGAUCUAAGGAACGACAAGGAAGCGCCUACGGAUGUAGAGACGUGGUACCCAUCGUGAGAAGGAGCAACAGUGUCGAGAUGAACGAAAAUGAUAAUGCACUAAUGGAGUCUAGCAUGGUUGAGGUUGAAAUUGCAGGACAGAAGAUCCUGACGGCGGAACCUUCGAGCAAACCUCGGAGACGAACGAAGCGUUCGAAAAUUAGUGGAGCGAACCAAAGCGCUUUAAACAUGGUAGACACGAUUGGACAGAGGGAGAAUUCUGUUCAUUAUGGUGAUAGAAAUGACAUGAGAACAUCUUAUAGGAGGUACAGGGCACAUGGGAAGAGAGAUGACUCUGCUUGCGGUGGGUUCGGAUCUUAUCCAAUGUCCAACCUUGGUGGUAUGUUGAUAUGUAACUCUGGUUUUCCUUCCCAAUGGAGCCGGAACAAUGACGGUCGCAAUGGUGACGUGCUGAAUGGCAACGCAGGAGGGGAUUCUUCUGCACGUGGUUUUCAUCCAAGCACUUUGAACUUCAGAGCGGAGCCCCACGCUGAGAACCCAGGAAUCGUCAUAGCGAAGUAUCAUGAGAAUGUAGGAGUGCAUGGAGGAGUGAAAAUAAGGGAGAACGUCGGAGCAGUGGUCAGAACGAACGAUAGAGCAGACGGCGGUGGUGAACCUGUGCAUUUCUCUCCUACCGACAUGGCGGAAGGGAAGACUCACCUAAUGAACCUAAGAAAGACGAGGAGGAGAAUCACCCCAGUUAGUAGUGACCAACCCAGUGAGAUACAUCGUAAGAAUGACAAUUUAAAUUUAUCCCUCAGAGGAAGCAGUACAAUCGAGUUUGUAGAGAACCCAAGAGGGUACAGAGUACCAUAUGAAUAUGAGUCCCGAUUAUUUUAUGAGCAUUUUGAGGUUCCUCUAAAUUCAGAAAAGGAAUUUGAGUUACAGCAGAGGUACUUUGCGCGCUUGUUCUCUUUGCACAUUUUAGCUGUUGGAUGGAACGCUAACAAGAAUGCCCGCGUGGAGGACUACAUGCAGGAGUUAUCCGAUCCUGCCUUUCAAUUUCUCACCAUGGGUGACAUGAACAAUUGUAGCGAUGCUCCAUGUGGUGAUCCCUCUCCCCCUAGUGAGGAGAACAGACCUAUUGGCAAUAUGGAAGGGAAGUUGGACAAGUUGAAUGGAAGCGAAUUACAGAACGGCCAAUUCAUUACGUCUAACAGGUUGACAAUUGAACAGAUGGGUACAGACCAUUGCUACUUCAAUUCGGUGGGUGAUGGCACCUCGAGGGUUAUUGAGGAUGGGUCCGGGCUUAACGUUGCCCCGGACGACGCGCACCACUUGAUUUCAUCAGAGGAGAAAAUAAAUGGUGCCCUCUCCCCAGGUGAGGUGUGUGAUGUGGAGGAGGGACUUAACACGUACAGAAUGAACGACUGCUACGCGGCCAGUAACGUUAGACGUUUGGAUGAACUAGAAGAAGGAAACCAUAUGGGAGCACCAAGUGGGGAUCAGGAGGUGGGAGACAUGAGCAAGUAUGGGCAUACGCAUCUUAUGGGUAACCUAAAUGAUGGACACCAUUUUGGUGGUUUUGCCGUUUUUGGUGACAUGCUGAACGGGAAUGUGCCUGGCGGAAUUAAUGGCUACGCCUACCCGGAUGGUAUAAGCGGCCUGGGCGGUCCAUACAGAACGUGUAUGAUGAGCAAUAUGAACGUCGCAGGGGGAGUGGAUUACCGAUUGGGUAAUUACCAGGGUUCUAACGACGUGGGGUCUGUAAAUGGGAAGGAAGGCGCAGGGUGCUUGAGUGGAGAAGGAAAAAACCAGAACGGAUUAUGUGUAAGCUCAGGAGAAGGAAUGAAUCUGGGCGUAGCCAAUGAAGAAGGUCUGAUCCUUCGGAAUUUGAGUUAUUCUAAGGGAUUGAAUCCAACGCAUCUGCAUGGAAAAGAUAUUGUGAGCCAAAAUAUGCACCGGGCUGUUAGUAUGCCUUAUGACCAGGAGGGGAAGUACUUACAGGUUAACGAACCUUUUGAUAAGAAUGUGGGAGGGAAUUUCGAAUAUGUCCAGAAUUACAUGCAAAAGAUAAACCCUUUAAGUAUUAAUAUUAACAACGUGGAUGAAGGUUCCUAUGAACUACCGUUAGGUGGGGGAAGUACUUUGCCGUUCCAGGAGAUGACCAUGGUGAGUGGCACCCCAUGGGAAGGGAGACAAGAUAACGAAGCCACAUUUGGUGCAUUGAACACUGAAAAAGUUAACCAUUACAAGGGUUUUAUUGAUCGGACGGGUCAUGUCCCCAUGGUGCCCUCCAAAGGGGAGGAAGAAAAUUACUCUAAUCUACAGAAUAGCAUAAGGAAAACUACCGAGCUGGACGCGUUAGCGGCAUGUGGUAGGGAAGACAAUUCUUACGGUGUAGGAAUCGCCCAGUAUGAUCUUGCUCUGAUUGAGGGAGAAGAAGCACAGUCCCAAAGAAUGGGGUAUAUGAAUUCGCCGUAUGGAAGGGGGCAUGAUGGGAUUAACGAAGAGAGGUUGGACUCAGGGGUAAUGGAAAAGAAUGUGAACGUUACGCGGGAUAGUGACUACCUCUACUAUAACGGAUACGCCAAUGAAGGCAUGCACAAGUGUACGGAAGAAGACAAUUACAAUAUCGUUGAUAAAUUGAAUGAUGAUGUCAGCAGUAGUAAUAUACAGGGCAAUGGUGAUUUCUCCAUUCACGAGAAGGUGAACUACCAAUUUGGACACAUGGUUAAGAUGCUCCCAAGUUAUGAGCAUCUGGAACGGGAAGGUAGCUGUGUAGAUAAUGUUGUGGAUAGGGAGGCACAGUCCCAGUUUGACAACGCACAUUAUCGUUUUGGCGUCUGCAGCGGGGAUGCUAACCCGUCCAUUGGAGAUGUGGUUACAGGAAAGGAGCGCACGGAUGAACUGAGCGAAAAGGACAACCGUUGCGACCAUCAUAGUGGCAACCAGAAUACAACUCCAAGCAGUUACGACGACGUGGCAUACGGCAGUGAAGUUAGGAAGAAUAACCUGACCUCCACAUCUAUUUCCACUCCCAUGACAAACAUGAAGGAUAUGAACAACUACGAAUACUUCGAUAGCAGGAAAAUGGUCGAUAAGCUCAGAUUCACUUCAAAUUCAAGUACCAUAAAUACGGAAUAUUUACCAAGUAACCUUUUAAAUUCUAUAAGCAUGAACAACCUGUGUCCUUCCAAUAAUAUAAAUGAACAAGUGCAGAAGUAG